AUGGCUUUAUUUUACUGUGCUGGGGUUAGAAAAAAAUAAGGAGCCUAUAAAAAUCCCACUUUAUGAGAAAAGAUAAACACCCACUCUCUUCCACUCAUCUAAGCUACAGCAUUGCAAUCACAGUACGCCCUAGAACAUGUCAAACGCCGAUCUUAUCCACACCCGUAUUCAUGUAGCUCUCUUCCCUAGCUCUGGCAUGGGUCACCUGACACCUUUCCUUCGAUUUGCUGCCGCGCUUCUCCGCUGCCAUUGUCAACUCACUUUGAUCACCACAGACCCUGUGGUCUCCCUGGCUGAAUCUCAACUCAUCUCUCGUUUCCUCUCUGCCUUUCCUCAAGUUACUGAAAAGAAGAUUACUCUCCUCCCUCUUGAUCCAGCCACGAUCAAUUCCGCCGACCCUUUUACACUCCAAUGGGAAACUAUUCGCCGGUCAGCACAUCUUCUCUCUCCUCUCAUCUCCUCGCUAUCUCCACCUCUCUCAUUUAUCGUCACCGAUAUAUCCUUGCAGUCCUCUAUCAUUCCAAUCACUGCAAAUCUGCGUCUCCCUAACUACAUACUCUUUAUAUCAUCAGCCAGAAUGUUCUCCCUUUUGGCAUACUUUCCUUCAACCAAGACUGAUGAUGGUUCUUUUCAAUUUGGCAAUGUCAUUGAAAUUCCUGGCAUUCCACCAAUACCCAGAUCAUCACUGCCUCCUGUACUUUUAAACUCAAACAGUCCAUUUGCUAAAAAUUUUUCAGAAGGCAGUCAGACUAUCACUAAAGUGAACGGGGUUUUGAUCAACACCUUUGAUGGGCUAGAAAAACAAGCUCUAGAUAUGCUUAAUACUGUAAAAGGGUUGCCGCCAGUGUUCCCCGUCGGACCCCUUCUGCCCUGUGAGUUUGAGGGACCAGAAUCUCUUGCCACUUUGAAGUGGCUUGAGGAUCAAAAGGAAGGGUCAGUACUAUUUGUUUGCUUCGGAAGUAGGACAGCCACGUCAAAGGAGCAAAUAAGAGAGAUCGGGAUGGGGCUACUCUUGAGUGGAUGUAAAUUCUUGUGGGUGGUGAGGACUAAGAUACUUGACAAAGAGGAAGAAGAGGGUUUGGAUGAGAUACUGGGGUAUGAACUAAUGCAGAGGAUCAAGAGUAGUAAUAAUGGUUUGGUCGUAAAAGAAUGGGUGAAUCAAUGUGAAAUACUAAGUCACAAGGCUGUGGGUGGUUUCCUGAGCCAUUGCGGGUGGAAUUCGGUGGUGGAGGCUGCCCUGAAUGGAGUGCCUAUGCUGGCAUGUCCACAACGUCAGUUUGGGGAUCAGAGGAUUAAUCUCGAGGUGGUUGAAGCCGCGGGAUGGGUCCUGUGUGUGAAGAGUUCGGGGUGGGGUGAGGAUGUUUUGUUGAAGGGAGAGGAGAUUGGGGAGAAAAUUAAAGAACUCAUGGCCAGUGAAUCAGUAAAAUUGGAAGCCGCAAGAAUUGGUCAAGAGGCAAGGAAGGCCGCUGGGGUUGGUGGAAGUUGCGAGGAUUCGCUCAAGAAACUUUUGCAGAGCUGGAACAAGGCGCACUGAGAGAUUCAUGGAUUCAUUUCUCUGAUAGCUAGCAGCUUCGUGCCAGCUAUUCUCUGUUUAGUGUUCUCAUAUAUGUUUUAUUACCACUUGUUUGUGCCAUAUGUAGUCUUGUUGUAGGUUGCAACUGGCUUUGUUUUACCGGCAGGUGGCCAUUCCGACAACUGCUGUUUAUAAUCUAAUUAAUAAGAUAUUAUUUCUAUGGCAA